CCUUGCAUCAGCCAAUUUCGAGACAAUCUAUUCUACGCCUUCGUCUUUGUUUAGUAACCGAGUCCACUAAACUAUCAUUUACCCCAACAUAUUCAUCAUGAUGAGAACUGGUGUUGCUGCCCUCGGCGCUCUGUCGCUGAUCAACCUUGCUUCUGCUAAGCCUUCUGGUCACCACCGUCGUCACCAGGAGCUCCACGAGAAGCGUCAGGAAGUCGUCUACGAGACUGACUACUCCUACGUUACCACCCAACUCCCCAACGUUGUCGUCUAUGUCGACGAGAACGGCGCUCCUUACUCCACCUCCACCGAGGGCCAGGCCGCCGCAACCGUCGUUGCUUCUUCCGCCGCCGUCUACACCGAGGCCGCUGCUAAGCCCGCUUACACUGAGGCCGCCUCUUCCUCCACCGAGGUCUACGUCGCCCCCACCCCCACCACUCUUGCCUCUGUCUACAAGGCUCCUUCAUCCAAGGAGUCCUCCACCACUCAGGCUCCCACUCUUUCCUCGGCUGCUGCCUACAGCUCUGCCGCCUCUUCUUCCAAGGCCCCUGCCUCUUCCUCUGCUGCAUCCAGCGGCAGUGGUCCUUCGGGCUACGGUAUCGUCUACUCUCCUUACACCGACAACGGUGGUUGCAAGUCUCAGGAUGAGGUCAACAGCGACUUUGCCAAGAUGCACUCCUACGCUCAGAGCAACGGCGACAGCUGGGACUUUGUCCGUAUCUACGGUACCGACUGCAACCAGGUUACCACCGUCCUCAGCGCUUGCGAGCAGUACGACCUGAAGAUCUUCGCUGGUGUCUACACCGUCUGGGACCCCCAGGCCUUCUCUGACGAGCUCUCGAUUCUGACCAAGGCUGCCAGUGGUUCCUGGGACAGAUUCCAGACCAUCUCCGUCGGUAACGAGAUUGUCAACAGUGGCAAGGCCGUCGCCAGCCAAGUCGAGGGUUUCGUAGCCACUGCCAAGACCGCCCUCACGGCUGCUGGUUACUCUGGUCCUAUUGUUGCUGUCGACACUCUCGUCGCCGUGGUCGCCAACCCUGAGCUUUGCCAGUACUCUGACUACGUUGCCGUCAACGCUCACCCCUUCUUCGAUGGUGGUGUCGCUGCCGAGAACUCUGGUGAGUGGCUCGUCCAGCAGAUGCAGAGAGUCUCCGAAGUCUGUGGUGGCAAGAAGACCUGGAUCACCGAGACUGGCUGGCCCACUCAGGGUGACACCAACGGUGUCGCCGUCCCCUCCGUCCAGAACCAGAAGUCUGCCAUCUCUUCCAUGAAGUCUGCUGUCACAUCUAACGUCAUCUGGUUCACUGCCUUCAACGACAUGUGGAAGUCCAACAGCGCUUCCACCUUCAACGCUGAGCAGUACUGGGGUAUGUGCAACAACUAAGACUGUACAAAAGGCUUAGAAAGAAUUUCCUACGAGUCAUGGUUAAUUUUCUUGUGGGCACGCAUUUCUGUGGAGUUCCGCACUGAAUUCUCUUUUCUUCAUCACCACGAAUCAUCCCUUCGUGUAUCUGAUUCUUUUCUUUUUGAUCAGCAGCUUCCUCCAGAUUA